AUGGGUUUGGGUCCCAUGGACCCCAAAGAGCUUCUCAAGGGCCUGGAUAGCUUCCUUAACCGAGAUGGGGAAGUCAAGAGUGUGGAUGGGAUUUCGAAGAUCUUCAGUCUGAUAAAGGAAGCACGGAAGAGAGUGAGUCGAUGCACUUACUUGAACAUUCUCCUGCAGACCCGUUCACCAGAAAUAUUGGUCAAGUUUAUUGAUGUUGGUGGUUACAAGCUUCUUAACAAUUGGCUGACAUAUUCAAAGACAAUCAACAACAUUUCCCUCUUGCAGCAAAUUCUACUGACCCUGCAGCACCUACCACUCACUGUUGACCAUCUCACAGAGCUCCGGAAAUUGGCCUCAGUCCUUGUCAGCGACUGGAUGGCUGUGAUCCGCUCCCAGAGCAGUACCCAGCCUGCUGAGAAAGAUAAGAAGAAACGGAAAGAAGAGGGAAAGAGUCGAACCACCCCUCCUGAGCGACCGUUGACUGAGGUGAAGACUGAGACUUGGGCUAAGGAGGCCCCGGAGAAGAAGAGGGAGAAGCCCAAGUCCCUCCGAACCACGGCGCCCAGUCACGCCAAGUUCCGCUCUACCCGACUAGAGCUGGAGACCCCGUCUUUGGUGCCCGUGAAGAAGAAUGCCUGUGCAGUGGUGGUUUCUGACAAGUACAACCUUAAACCCAUCGUCCUCAAGCGUCAGAGUUCCACAGCUGCCCCAGGAUAUGCUGUGCUCCCUGCAGAGAAGAAAUACAAGCCACUCAACACGACACCCAAUGCCACCAAAGAGAUCAAAGUGAAGAUGAUCCCGCCACAGCCUGUGGAGGGCCUGGGCUUUCCGGAUGCGCUCAAUUCAGCCCCUGUUCCAGGCAUCAAAAUUAAGAAGAAGAAGGUGCUAUCACCCACAGUGGCCAUGCCAAGCCCAUUUGAAGGGAAAACGAGCACAGAACAGAGCACAGCCAAACCUUCUUCCCCAGAGCCAGCACCUCCUUCUGAGGCUAUGGACACAGAACGUCCAGGGACCCCAGUUCCCCCUGUUGGAGUCCCAGAGCUCAUGGAUACUGCCCCUUUGGAGCCAGGAGCUCUGGAGGCAAAGCCAGUGGAGAGUCCCGGAGAUCCUAGCCAGCUGACCCGGAAAGGCAGGAAGAGGAAAACUGUGACCUGGCCUGAGGAGGGCAAACUGAGAGAGUAUUUCUAUUUUGAACUGGAUGAAACUGAACGAGUGAAUGUGAAUAAGAUCAAGGACUUCGGCCAGGCAGCUAAGCGAGAGAUACUGUCAGACCGACACGCGUUUGAGACGGCCCGGAGUCUGAGCCACGACAACAUGGAGGAGAAGGUGCCCUGGGUGUGCCCCCAGCCCCUGGUGCUGCCCUCGCCUCCUGUCACCCCUGGAAGCAACAGCCAGGAGCGGUACAUCCAGGCUGAGCGGGAGAAGGGGAUCCUUCAGGAGCUCUUCCUGAACCAGGAAAGUCCUCACGAGCCUGAUCCCGAGCCCUAUGAGCCUAUCCCCCCAAAACUCAUCCCCCUAGAUGAGGAAUGUUCCAUGAAUGAGACCCCAUAUGUUGAGACCCUGGAGCCUGGGGGGACCGGUGGCUCACCCAAUGGGUCAGGCAGUUCCAAGUUGCCUCCUGUUCUGGCCAAUCUUAUGGGAAGCAUGGGUGCCAGGAAGAGCCCCCAGGGUCCUGGAGGAGGAGGCAUCGAUGUGCAGGAGAUCCUCACCUCCAUCUUGGGUAGCCCUAACAUUCAUCCCUCAGAGGAACUGCUGAAGCAACCAGACUAUUCAGACAAAACCAAGCAGAUGCUGGUGCCUCAUGGACUCUUAGGCCCUGGUCCCAUAGCCAAUGGUUUCCCACCGGGAGGCCCUGGGGGUCCCAAGGGCAUGCAGCACUCCCCCCCUGGGCCUGGCGGACCUAUGCCAGGUCCCCAUGGAGGCCCUGGGGGCCCUGGUGUGCCAGUGGGUCCACGUCUCCUGGGUCCCCCACCCCCUCUGGGGGUUGAUCCCUUCUGGGAUGGCCCAGGUGACCCCAUGCGGGGUGGCCCGAUGCGUGGGGGACCAGGUCCGGGGCCAUACCAUAGAGGCUGUGGUGGCCGAGGCGGGAGUGAAGCACCUUCUCCUCCUCCUCCAUUCCGAGGGGCCAGAGGAGGUCGCUCUGGAAGAGGACCUCCAAAUGGACAAGGGGGCCCCGGUGGGGGCAUGAGCAGUGGCAGUGGACAUCGUCCCCAUGAAGGCCCUGGCAGUGGCAUGGGCGGUGGGCAUCGCCCCCAUGAAGGUCCUGGCGGCGGCAUGGGUGGUGGCAGUGGCCAUCGUCCUCAUGAAGGCCCUGGUGGAGGAAUGGGUGCUGGUGGUGGACAUCAGCCCCAUGAAGGCCCUGGACAUGGGGGGCCCCAUGGCCACCAGCCUCAUGAUGGCCCUGGUCACCGAGGCCACGACCAUCAAGGGCCCCCUCAUGAGCACCGUGGCCAUGAUGGUCCUGGCCAUGGCGGAGGGGGCCACCGACGGCAUGAUGGAGGCCACAGCCAUGGAGGAGACAUGUCAAAUCACCCUGUUUGUCGACAUUUCAUGAUGAAGGGUAACUGCCGCUAUGAGAACAACUGUGCCUUCUACCACCCGGGUGUCAAUGGGCACUCCCUGCCCUAGGGACCA